AUGUCGGUGUGGGACUCAUUCUUUGCACACAAGAAUCAGCCCGUGGCCCAGAUCCUGAUCACUCGCAAUGACAUCGCCGAUCGCUCUCAAUAUCUCAAUGCCCAGAACACCCUAGCAGAGACCUUGUCAAUGGGUGUGAUACCGAUCGUCAACGAGAAUGAUACCUUGUCAGUAUCGGAAAUCAAGUUUGGCGAUAACGAUACACUGUCUGCCAUUGCCGCGGCCAUGGUAAACGCAGAUUACCUGUUUUUGAUGACCGAUGUCGAUUGCCUAUACGACAGAAAUCCAAGAAAGUAUCCUGAUGCGACGCCGAUUCUUGUGGUCGAUGACAUAGAUGCUCUCCAGGUGGAUGUCUCUUCACGAGGGUCGGCGUUAGGAACGGGUGGUAUGGCGACCAAGAUUGUCGCUGCACGACUGGCUACAGCUACAGGCACAAGCACGGUCAUCACAAACUCUUCAAAACCAGGGAACAUUGCGGCUAUCAUACGUCAUCUUCAUCCCCCUGUGGAAGUUGAUGGCGAGACAGGCACAAUGCUGUCUAUGCCAAGUAUUCCGCCGCCUUUACAUACACGCUUCCUACCCUCGCAGUCUCCAAUUCGCAACCGCGCCUUUUGGAUCCUCCACGGCCUGGCUCCUCACGGGACACUCUACAUCGACCGAGGCGCCUCCGUCGCGUUGGCAAACAAAGCCGGCCUAUUACCGGUCGGAGUCGUCGACGUGGAAGGGACUUUCGCUCAACAGGAGGCCGUCCGCUUGGUCGUGGUAGAUAAAACACCACUGGGCAGUUUGUCUCCGACAGGCAAUUCCAGCUCGAUAGCCAUGCAACUGGUUUCGAGGGAAGAGGAGAUCGGUAGGGCCGUGGUGAAUUAUUCAUCCACCGAAAUCGCAAGGAUCAAGCGGCUUCGGAGUUCCGAGAUCAGAAAUGUCCUGGGAUAUGCCGACAGCGAGUACGUUGCAUAUCGAGAGAAUGUAAGUCUCCACGCGAGUGCCAGUGCCGACAAAAGCAGGCCAGACACGCCGAGCGGGCCAAGGACACCGACGAAAGAAAGGACGCCGGAGACCAGUGUGGUGGAUCUGAAGAGUUGGAAGAUAGAAUGA